AUGUCUUUAGAGGGGGAAUUGUCUUCUCUCUCUGUCUUGCUUCGACAAAAACCUUAUGGUUUUCUUAUUUUCGAAGGAAAGGGCAGGUGAUUCGCAUAUAAUUCACCAUCUUGGAUUCCUACGGCUCUUCAAAUGAACGAAGAUCACGUUUGACGGCUUCAGUUCUCGGCUCAGAUCCUGCCAGACCCGAGACGACUCACUACUCAAUCGAUCCGCCAAGAUUUAGACGGGUAUGUAAGUUGGUUUACAAAUGGAGCUUUUGUUAUUACGAUACGUUAAACACUACUUAAGCAACCUGCUUAUUUGGUUGGCAGACUGUUUGAACUAGCCGAUAUCACGAUCCAGAUAUUAAACCGCGACUUUCUCUCGAUUCUUCCGUGAUCUUUCCUCUCCAAAUAGUCAGGAUCGAGUUUCUUUUGGCAGCUGAUCGCAUGACGCCUUUUCUCCAGUCCAAUUCACGCCAACUUAAAUAUUUAAUCACAUCAUGGCGAGUUUUAACAACUUUGUUUACACUUUGCAAAGUUACACAAUGUUCAAUUACUCUUGUCAUCGAGAAUGGUUUGAACAAUGUUUUCGAUCAACGUAAAUAUAACAUUCUUAUACAAAGCUGUUAGCACGCCGCUUUCGAGUUUACAAAUAACUCCUGAACAUGAGUAAUUGGCUAAGUUAUUUACACACUUGUAUUUUUGGCCGGAUCUUUCACAUAAACAUUUCUUGAUUUUCAACUUCGUGCAAUACGGGUUUGAUUGUAAUGGACCGUUUAAUGUAUUCAGUAUUUUAAUAACAAUGAGAUCAACUGAGUCAUCCUCGCGAAUAUAUUUCUUCAAACACCAUCAAGUUGCUUGGACAAAGAAAUUCGUAUAAGGUUUGCUCGCUCUCGUAGUCAGUUAACAAAAGGUCACAGUUUACUUUCAGUAAAAAUGGCUGAGUCAUUUAAAAAUAAUAAACAAGUCAUCUAUAAAACCAGACAGCUUUCAAUUCAACUGAACGGUCUUAUUGAGAAAACACAAAAAGCUAUUGAAAUCAACAUUCAAUUGAGCUAAAAGAUAUUCGCAUGCAGAUUCUUUUGUUUUGUUUUGUUUUUUUUUAUUUUGUAUACUAGCCACUUUUGUUCUACGUGACGAAUCACUACAGAGAAUAAAAAGACGCUUUUUACCUCUCUUUGAAAUUAAUUAAGGGAAAACCCCAACUCUACCGGAUGUUAAAAUCAAAGGACUGUUGUCUCCAUAAAAAGAAAAUUAGCUUGCAGUGUUUUGUAACUGACAAUAGUUCCCUUUUAUUUGACAUUCCGUUUGUUUACUAACUGAAAGUGCAAUAUUAGGCAAUAUAUUAAAUCACAACAAUUCACUUGAAAAGAACAGAAAGAAGGUCCAUUGUAUAAAUCUUUAACAACAACAUCCGGCUUACGGAGUCGAUUUUACUUUGACACAAAAACACUUCACUGCUUAACUAAUCUUAGGACCAAUAAUCAAUUUCCUUGUUAUUUGUGCUAAAAUUUAAUUGAAAAGUAUGAAGACUUAGAGUAAACAAAACCUCAUUUUUUGAUGAGAUCCAACCCCCCUUGAUACCACCGAGAGGAUACAGUACUGCUGGAUUUACCAUCAAUUUUGUCUCGGUACGCUAGUAACAGGCCGCUUGGUUCAACUGUUCACUGUAUAGAGAAAGAGUACAGACUUGUACACAACCUGCUAGAAUGACUAUUUGAAAUAUUUUUAUCAUCCAAACUGUAGAAUGAGAAAAACCUUGUCGAAGCUCACAACUGUUACUUUUAUGGUUUUACCCUAAAAAAUUUUGUAUUUGUUUCGACAGAAGGGCCAAAAAACAUUGUCUCAUUGAUUUCAUGAUGUUUUUUUGUAACAGCAAACAUUCAGUGACAUCAGUUACCAAAUUUUGUCUCCUAAAACGCGCACAGAAUUACUUGUUCCAGGGUUUAAAAGAAAUUUGAACCAUUUAUAGGAACAAAUCUGGUAAGAAAGGACAACUGGGGGCGCCAUGAAUGACAAACACCGAGAAAUCUUGCGACGAAACUGGUCCACACUCAGAAGGGAUCUGGAGCCAGUGAAGUUGUUACCUCAGUUGGUGAACGUCUUAGACGUCACAGAUGAGCAAGAAAUUAAAGUGAGAGCUACUCGAGAAGAGGCGAGUGAUAAGCUGUUAGAAAUUCUACCCAGGAGAGGGCCAAACGCGUUUGAAGACUUUGUAAAAGCAUUGCAGGAAGUCCAGCCACAUUUAGCCUCUCCGUUAGUACAGCAAUCAGGUAAAAACAUUUUCUGUUAGACGUUGUUCUGUCCUAAUUAUAGGGGUUUACUGAUCAUAAAAGACGGGAAAAUCUAUGUUAAAACAGGAGCCAGGUUGUGAUACUUGAUUCAAAAACGACUAUCACAUUUAUCUUACUCUACGAGGCUUCAUAGACCUUUUACUGAUGGUGUGCAAACUGUACGGGAACCCUUGCAAGAUUUAUUUUUGGACACGAAAUUAUCCCCCUGCGAUUCAAGAGGGAAUUGUCAUGGACCCCAUUCCAUUUAAUAAAAGCUCAUGGACAAUCACGAAGCUCAUUGAUUUCAUGCUACCAGUCGCUGGCAAUGUAACGAAGCCAUAUCCUUACUGAUCUUCUCCCGAAUUGGUUUUAUUGAUUUCAGAGGAAGGUAAAUGAACGAAAAUGUUUUAAAAAAAGUUCGUCACCAGUCAGAGCUUUUCGAACCUGACGAGAUUCAUAUUACGUGAAAGAUGGCAAUGAUAUGCUGCCUCGUUUUGGUGGUGAGGCUGCAAAAUCACCCCGUACAUGGGCAGGGCAGGUAAAUAAGCCCGGCCAUUGUCGGUUUAUUGGAGACCGCGUCCAUAGUUAUUUAUCGCAGAGGCCUUUAUUAUUUUGCGUGAUUUUUUUUUUUAUUUUUUCUAAAGAAAUGGAGGAGAUCAAGACAGAAUUGAACCGCGCGAGAACACGUAGCGCGAGGUUGAGGGAAGAAGUUAAAAUAACGAGGACGGAAUUAGAAAAAGAACGACAAAAUCACAAGAAAACUCUAAAGGAAUGCGAGGAACUAAAAAGUAUGAAUAAAAUGUUAAUGACAAAAGGAGAAGACGAUAAGAAACUCAUGGAAAGCAGACUUCAACAACUGAAGACAACAAUUGAAGAACUGGAAAAACAGGUAUUGGCUGAAAGAAGUGAAAAAGAAGUUUAUAUCGAGGAGACGGAGCGCUUACGGGGUUUGUGUGACCAGCUAGACGAAGCAAGGUCACGAACGGAGAAAGAGUUGUGCAAACUCACGGAAACACUGGAUGAGAAAACAAAAGAAAACAAAGAGAUGGUCCGAAAGUUGUCAGACUACAACUACAAUAUUUUAAACGAAACAUUUCUUCACGAUGACCUUCACUCAAUUUCUCGCCAACGAGAAAUUGUCCUUUCUGAUCAAUCUCCAAUGAGGGUCCUCACUCCCCUUUGUCUUACUGAGAAUGCAGUCUUGGAAAAGAACAGUAAAUUUUUGAAAAAUGGCGCAGACCUAGCGGUUGAGCUAGAAGAGACAAGAAAGGAUCUGGCUAGAGUGGUGAAAGAGCACGAAGGAACAAAACGAAGAUGCGAGGAAUUAGAGAAACAACUCGAGGAAACUCUUGCUAGUAUGGAAACACAUCGAACAGCGAGCGUCCAUGACAGGGCCACUUCUCCCGGAGAGAUAGUGCAAUUUGAAUUUGAAGGUGAGUUUAGCACAGGGGGGAGAAAUAUUUCUUAAUAGAAAGAGAUGACAAUCAUAAUUGAAAAAGAAAGAAACAACGAAUGAAAAAACAGACACACACGAAAUUGAAGGGAGGAAACCUCCCUACCAGUCCCUGUAUGGCGUUUUCUCCGGCCUUCUAGGCCAAUGCGAUUUCGGUCGCCUAGCCGUUACGAACGGCAGGACCAAUGUGACCCGAAAUGCAUGCCAUGGGCUGCGCACUGCGCAAAUAAUGAAGUCUAUGGACUUGGCAAAAACCUUUCAAGAUUAAUGCAAGAGAGGGUCAGUGUGACGCGCUUAAGCAGGUUUUAUAUGUAGAGGAAAAUUACGGUGGCCGAAUGUUUUUUCUUUGGUUUAUUUGCGAAAAAUCAGUCCACUUUUCUAUGUUUUUCAUUUGUGCUUUUCAUAUAGAGUUCCUUAAAGUAAAGAAAAAUUUGUCUCGUGAAAAAAAGAGGGUAAAAGAAGUGAAAGAAGAACUGUUGGUUGAAAACAAGGCAAAAAAAGACGCAUUAAAGGAAGUGGAAAAAUUGAUGAGGGAACUAAGCAAUCAAAUAACAGUGCUAGAACACCAACCAGUUCCAAGACCAUUGUGAAAAUGUCAAAUCAAAAGUUAAGGAGCGUGGGUUCUGAAACUGUCAAUGACGUUACCAUAAAAAACGAUGUUAUAAGUUGUUGUUAUUUCUUUGCAGAUGGGCUGAACUGCUCACGUUGUGACGAACGUGAGGAAGAAUGUAACUUGCUUCGAAUUGAAAAAGACCUAAUCAAAGCAAAAAAAGAGAAGUUGGAGGAGGAAAAUAAGCAAAUGAACAGCCGCAUCAAAAUAUUGGGGGACGAACAUAUGCGAGAAAGGCAAACAUUUCAAAAGGAAUUACAAAGCAUGAAGGAAGAACAUGAAACUUUAUCACGAGACUUUGAGAAAGAACUGCAAAAAAUGCUUUGUGGAGUAAAAGAACAGCAGUUACAGGAAAUAAAAAAUCUACAAGUGCAGAACGAAGAACUAAGAGAACAGAUAAAUAAACACAAAUCUGAAGUUCAUAAAAUAAAGACGGAACUGAGUAGGGAAAAAUCACAAGUCGAGAAACACCAAGAAGAGUUCCUUAAAGUAAAGAAAAAUUUGUCUCGUGAAAAGAAGAAGGUAAAAGAAGUGAAAGAAGAACUGUUGGUUGAAAACAAGGCGAAAAAAGACGCGUUAAAGGAAGUGGAAAAAUUGAUGAGGGAACUAAGCAAUCAGGAAGCGGACAAACGUGAAGAUAUUACGCGACUUCGCGAGGCCGCAAACGUGGAACGCGCCAGGUGCGACACUUUGAAAGAAGAAAUUCAAAGAUUGCGGAGUAUGCCAGGCCGUAAGUUUGCAGUUCUGUUUAUAGAUUUGUUCGGCUAGGAUAGGUUUGAUUAACAGCCGCUGAUCGGGAAAGGAGCCCGCGUGCCUCCCUUCUCUUCUUGGUGCGGAAUUAGACCGGACCCGAAAGAGCGCGGCCAAAAUUGAGCCUAAGGUCUUCUCAGAAUGCAAGUUAGGGUGCAUUGUAUUCCACCACAAUUAGACGUCCCAUUUUGACUCCAAAUUAGCACUUGUCGGGUAGCCUAGGUAUGAAGAGCAAGCAAACUUUUGAGGGCGCUCUUGUUUGUUUCAACUUUUGCUCUGGCCAUGCAAGAGAGGAUAAAGGGACAGAGAAGGCAUCCCCCAUACACACCCUAUUCCAUAGAUAAUUCUUCUCGAGUUAUUUUUAGAAUCGGGAUAAAGUUACCUCGCGGGCCGCGUGGAUGUCUCGUGGAAGUUUCGCAUGACUAAACGCCGUGCAAAACAUGUCGGGCGAAAGGCAAUGAAAGCGUAAAGAGAUCGAGAGCAUUCCUGAAUAUUGAAGCGAAAUGAGUCGGCGCUCACCUGGGAAAAGGGAAUCGCUCCAUGUCUUCUUCCGAAAGACUCUUGCUCCGUUUAUUUGAUUUCUUCGGCGCCUUUUUGCUUAAUUUGGUGACGGUCGAACUCGAAGGCGCAGGUUUAGGCUUCCCUGCACUUUUCCUCCUCUUGGCUUCAUCUGCUGAACCAUCAUCGGAAUAGGAGCUUUUUUACAGCUUCCUCCUCGCUUGCACUUACUUUUUUUAGAACUCUCAGCUUCGCUCGAAUCAACGUCGUAACAAUCAGCUUAGAAACAAGCCAGGAAGGGCGAUUCUUUUUAAUUUCCGUUUCGCUGACACAGCUUUAGCAGAAAACUCUCUGUAGUCGUUUUUGUCGACAAAACGAAUAGCAAUAUUGCUCUCCGCGUCUUCCGCCAUUCUGUUCUGCGUCAAUUCGUGAAGGACGCGUGGCUCUGAGCGUGGGUCAUCCAAGCGGAACACAUUCGCGCUAUGUGAUUGGCUGUUGUCUAAUCCCCCUUUGGAUCUGUGGUCUUAAAAAUAACUCGAGACGAAUUACCUGUGGAAUAGGGUGUGUAUGGGGGAUGCCUUCUCUGUCCCCUUUAUCCUCUCUUGCUCUGGCUACUUGCGAUUCAAAAAAGCACUUCUGUGAGAAGGCCAGACGAAGGUAAGACGACGCAAGUUCGAGAGUUUGUGUGUACUGUCUUUUGCUCCCUUGGUGGAUCAUAUGCUCCCCCCCCCACCCCCCCAAGAAAAACAAAAUAUUGUUAUAGUGAGUUUUGUAGAAAAUAGACAAUUAUGCCAUGGGAUGAUUUUUGAAUCCCAUCUGGACAAGGAUUCAUGUGAACGUUUGAUGCACCAUUUGAUCCGUGUGACCUUGGAUCCGCAUUAAAUCUAGUCUGCUACACAACCGUUUUUAGUGUCGUCACGCAACGUUCCUCGUAGUAGACUACAUUAAAUCCCGGUUAUCCCUAAAGAAUGAAUGUAAUCUGACCCAUUGCAGGAACAGACCUCAGUGAAUGCUCCUUAUUCUAUAUAUGUUAACUUCGAAAACAUUGGCUGAUGCAGAUCCUUUUUUCCUUUUCAAUUAACACAGGCGUUUUAAACUACAGAAAAGAUUUCGACAGACAUGGUGUUCUCUAUGCCCUGGGAACAAACUUUGGUACAACUCCAUGGGUGAACCCCGGUGGUACCAGCGCCUCUCCUACAAGAAUAAUCGCCACGCGCUCCUCUGAUCAUGAUGAACACAGUAACGCAAUUGAUCUGCUUGAAAAUCGCAGAGGAAGCUUAAGUGGAACAAAGGACGAAGACAAAUCAUGGUGGUGUGUAGACUUAACGGAAAAAUACGCUUUAUAUCUCACCCACUACUCCCUGCGACAUGGGAGAGACAAUGGAAUGUCAAUCAUUCGUAAUUGGCGCCUAGAAGGGUCGCUUGAUAAACGUAUUUGGAAGACACUAAAAAAGCAUGACAAUGAUCGCGGGCUCAAGGAUCCUUUCCCUUACUACACAGCCACAUGGCCAGUCGACGGAGAACUGGGGGCCUUUCGGUAUUUUAGGAUUUUUCAGACGGGCAAGAAUUCCUCAGGGAGAUUUAGUAUUUUUCUUUCCGGUAUUGAAUUGUAUGGAAUCCUCAUAGACGUAGGCGGUUAACGCGUUAACAACUGUUAUGGUAGCCAGAGAAAACAGCACUGGAUUUCCCACAAAAUUACGUCUGAGGAACG